AUGACGAACGCCCAAUGCGAGCGUGACAUGGCGCAUAUCAGGAAGGUGCAGGCUAAGAUCUUUCACAAGCAAGCCACGCACCAGAGGGCGAUGGACUACGAGGCAGAGCGCGAGGAGGAGGUUCAGCAGGGCCAGGUUGGCACAGAAGACGCAGUCGAGUGGAACGCUGGCAUGCUCAAGACGAGAGAAGUCCUGACGAGCAUCGGCUACGAGGUGCCCGAGCUGCGCAGCCAGAACGCGGUGUUGGAAGACGCGCGCCUGGAGCUGGAGCAGGAGUGCCUGCGCGUGCGGGGGCAGAACCAGGCGCUCCAGCGGCUCGACGCCCAGUCGAGGGCGGCUCGGGAGGCGCAGGGCAGCGAGGCGAGGCUCCUCGAGGAGAGCUCGCAGAGGAUGCUCGGGGACUGCCACGCGCUCCAGGCGAAGGUCGCGGAGCUGGGCGAGGAGUGCCGCCAGCUGCACGACCAGAACUGGCAGCUGGAGGAGCUGCAGAGCGAGGCGAGCCAGAGCCAUGGCCAGCAGCUGCGGCGGCUGGAGCUCCAGGCGGAGAAGGCCCGCGAGGCCCGGAGCCACGAGCUGAGGCUGCUGGAGGAGUGCGAGCGCCUGCGCUGCCGCAACAGGCAGCUGGAGGACGUGCGCAGCGAGGUCGACGAGGAGUGCCGCCACCUCCAGCUGCAGAACGCGAGGCUCGAGGAGUCCCGCGACCAGGCCGGGAAGCAGCGCGAGCUGCUGGCCCACGGGGAGCGGGAGGUGGCGAGGGCCCUGGCCUCCGCGGACCUCGCCGAGGCGCAGGUGCGCGAGCGCGACGGGGAGCUGGCGGCCGCGCGGGGCCUCGGCGAGCGCGCCCGGAGCCUCGAGGAGCAGCUGCGCGACGCGCGGCAGGCGGUGGAGCAGCUGCGGGCGGAGCGCGCGCGGCUGCAGGCGGAGCACGGGGCCGCGCACCGCGGCCACGAGCUG